UUGAUUGAAAUAUCUUAUCUAACACAGACAGAAAAAAAUUCAGGAUUGAUCAAAAUCCGAACGGCCAUGGAGAAACCAGCGAAGGAGGAAAGUAACGCCCCUGCAGGUGCACAAAACCCUAGCCACCUCUUUGGCGGUGUAGACUCAAUCAGCUCUCUACCAGACGAGAUGCUCCACCAUAUCCUGUCCUUUGUUCCGACCAAUGUAGCCAUCACAACUAGCGUCUUGUCCAAACGUUGGAGGCAUGUAUGGUGCAAGACACCUUAUCUCUCUUUUCCUCAUAUUACAUCCUCCUCUAUUGAAUCGAUUCUUGAAACCCUAGAUAGCUACACGGCCGCAAAAAUCAUGAGAUUCCAUCUCCACGUUGAUAGCGAAACGUGGGAAGACAGCGAAAGGAGCAACCAUGUUGAUAGCCUGAUCAAGUUUGCAAUAUCCCGCAACGUGGAGAAGCUUUCUUUGGUAUUGAAAGCAUAUUACGUUUUUCCAGAUUUCUUCUUCAGCAAUCCAUCUCUAAAGCAACUCAUCGGAGAUUCACUCAACUAUAUGAGACCCAAAUGCACCGUUUCUUGGACAUCACUGCAGAACUUGUCUUUGAGUAACUCUUCACUCGAUGAAUCUUUUCCUAAGCUUAUGUCUGGGUCCCCAAUGCUGAAAAGCUUGACAUUGCAGUCUUGUUCACUUUCUUGUAUUGAUCUGAGUGAAUCGCCGCGCCUUAGACGACUGGACUUAGAGUUCACCAAUUCUUCUCCAAGAAAAUGUCAUAUCGUGGCUCCACAUAUACAUUACUUGAGAAUGAUAGAUUUUACGCAAAAAUAUAGUUUAGCUGAUGUCUCCUCUUUAAUAGAAGCUAACAUAGACACUAUGUAUUUCUUACCUCGAUUCUGGUGUACUCAAGAUUAUCCCUCGAAGGAUGAUUACCAAGUGAUGAUGCAAACGAUGCUAAACGAGUUGCAGAACGUAGAGAACCUUACUGUUGGGCUUAGCUUUCUUCAGAUGCUAUCUAUUGCCGAGUUCCAUGGUGUUCAUUUCCCUACGUUAAAGGUCAAAACGUUGACUCUUAAAACAACAAUUUUGCGAUCUGCGGUUCCUGGCAUAGCAAAGCUGCUACAAAACUCACCUGAAUUAUCGAAGAUAUUUUUUUACAAAACUGAAGAUUGGAACUCUGCAGUGGAAAAGUAUGUUAAUCGCUACAUAGACCCACAAGAUCCACAAGACUUGAUCUUUCCGGCUAAGUCAGCGUUUAAAGUUGCACAGCCGGAUCUCGUGGCUUCCUUCAUGGAACUUUUGCUGCGAAAUAGCAGAACACUAAAGACAUUGGUUUUGCAGUUGAGGAGUUGCCUUAAUACAACGAAUUAUGAUGAGCUGUCGCAAAUCGCUCUUACACUCUCUCACAAAAAUAAGGUCUCCAUAGUGCUGAAAUGAUCAAGUAGGUGUAAAAAUUAUGUAUCAUGGAUUUCUCGUGUUGGAUUCAAUGAACG